UUGUUAAGAUGGAUUCACGGCGAUGGCUCUACCUUGGCAGUGCAACCACAUUUGCCAUUUUGCAACUGUUCCUGGUAGUGGUCCUGUCCCAGGAGACACAGAAAUAUAAUUUUGGGCCCUUCAAUGACUCCAUGAUCAACAGAGAGUUAUAUGUCAUACCAAUGGCAUGGCUGAAUUUCGGUGCCCUUCAACUGAGUCCAGAUUCCGUCGUUGAUGGGACCCUCCGCAACAAAUCCGGACGAGUGUUCAUCAACAAGCCCUUCAAGCUGUGGGAUGACACAAGAAUCGCUUCCUUCAACACCUCCUUCCUCAUGAACAUCUAUCCCGUUGUCAACAACACUCCCGGCGAAGGUAUUGCCUUUAUCAUCGGACCUUCUCUCUCGAUUCCACCCCUCAGCUAUGGCCAAUACCUGGGCCUCACCAAUCAAUUAACCGACGGCAAUUCUUCCAACCAAAUCGUUGCAGUGGAGUUCGAUACCGUGAAGCAGGACUUCGACCCCGACGACAACCACGUUGGACUCGACAUCAAUGGCGUCGUCUCCAAAGUUACCGUUCCUCUUUCCAAGUUUGGUUUUAAGUUGGCUGCAAGUAACCCGCGGUUCUACAUGGUGUGGGUGGAGUACGAUGGUGUAAAGAAGGAGAUGGAGGUGUACAUGGCAGAGAGUCAGUACCAUUACCAUGGCCCCAUAGUAGCGGAGAAGCCAUCGAAGGCAGUAUUGAGUUCGCAUCUAGACCUGAAAGGUUUGGUGAAUGACAUGUCAUAUUUUGGGUUCUCGGCUUCCACCGGCAAUUAUUUCGAGUUGAACGCAAUAGUGAGAUGGAACUUGUCGGUGGAGGUUCUACCUAAUAAUAAUAUGAGUAGUGCAAGAAAUGAUAAUUACUGGUGGAAGACCGGCGUAGGUGUUGUUGUGGGAGCACCUCUUUUGGCUUUGCUUAUUACCGGUGUUAUGCCAUUCCUACGCAGGAAGAUAAGGGAAAGUGGAUCGGACCCGAAAUUGUUGAGCACACUGAGGAGACUGCCAGGGACUCCCAGCGAGUUCAGGUUCCGGGAACUCAAGAUUGCCACCAACAAUUUCCAUGACAGCAACAAGCUUGGUCAAGGUGGCUUUGGCAUCGUUUACAGAGGAACACUGCCAAAGGAGAAGCUGCAAAUGGCAGUCAAGAAGUUCUCAAGGGACAGCAUCAAAGGCAUCAGUGAUUUCUUGGCUGAGCUCACCAUCAUCAACCGUCUCCGUCACAAGAACCUUGUGCGCUUACUAGGAUGGUGCCACAACAAAGGGACACUACUGUUGGUAUACGAAUACAUGCCUAAUGGAAGUUUGGAUAACCACAUUUUCUUUGAGAAAGGGACUACCAAAACCCCACUAAGUUGGAGUCUAAGAUAUAAGAUCUUAUUAGACGUGGCUUUUGCACUAAAUUACCUGCACAACGAGUAUGAUCAAAAAGUGGUGCAUAGAGAUCUCAAAGCAAGCAACAUUAUGCUUGAUUCCGACUUCAAUGCACGUUUAGGUGACUUUGGCUUAGCUCGAACGCUUGACAACGAGAAAACCUCGUAUGCCGAGGGUGUACCAGCAGGGACACGGGGCUACAUUGCGCCGGAGUGCCUUUACACCGGUAAGGCCACGUGCGAGUCCGAUGUGUAUGGAUUUGGAGCUGUGUUACUCGAGGUAGUGUGUGGUCAGCGACCAUGGGCAAAGAUUGGGGGCCAUCAUUUCUUGGUGGGCUGGGUUUGGCAGCUACAUGGUGAAGGAAAGAUUCUAGAAGCAGUGGACCUCAGACUUGGGAAUGAUUUUGUGGCUGAAGAGGCAGAGAGGAUCUUGACAUUGGGGCUAGCAUGCUCUCACCCCAUGGCUCCUGUGAGGCCCAAGAUGCAAACAAUUAUUCAGAUCAUAUCAGGGUCAGUUCCUGUGCCUCAGGUUCCACCCUUCAAGCCACCUUUUGUGUGGCCUGCCGUGGAUCAAGGCCCUACAGCUGCCACUUUAGAGUGCUCUCCCAUUAACACAACCUUCUUUGCUCGUUAAAUGUUAGUACUGAUAGCCUUUACAAG